CGACUUCUGGCCGCUGCCAAUCGUACAACCAUGUCUCGUCGGUGGCUACUCACUUUUUUCUGGUUGAAGGAUCAUAACAGUAUGCUCGAGACGCGGGAAUAUCGCGACUGGCAAUGGGUCGAUGGUGCGAAUAAACCCUGCGAUAAAUUGAGUUCACUUCUGCUGCCAUCUGACGCAAUUUACGUAUCUGCAACAACGCGGUGCGAGAUUCAGUCACGACUGCCUGGACAACGUGUUGUGGGUUGAUAUAUGGGUCUCUUGAAUUGCUUUUUUUUUCUCGACUGACUCUCCCUGGAAAACGCGGACAUGCCUGCCUGUACAAUCUGUAAUAAUCCAGGCGCGAAAAGUUGUGCAGGUUGCAAGUCGACCGCAUACUGCUCUGUAGAGUGUCAGCUCACAGAUUGGCCUCAACACAAGAUACUCUGUCGCAGCUUUCGCAACUUCGCCGAACGACCAGCCGAUCAACCCAAUGUCCGACGCGCGAUAUUCUUUCCCUGUGUGCUGCCUGACGGCAGUAGAGCUACAAAGCCGUUUCUCGUCUGGCUCGACACUGAAAUGACUCAUGGUUUUGAGAUGCCCGAUCACGAACCUUUCUUGAGGCUACCUGGCGAUGGCGACUAUGGUGGAGGCAUGCACGUCGAGAUCAUACGAGGCAACAACCUCCGCGGUGGAGUCUACAAGGAUCGCUCGCUUCAAUUGAUCACUCGUGAUUUCGUGCCUGAUGGACGAGCAUAUCAAUGCAACCAAUCCAUCAUGGGCAUCGGAGGUGGAGCUUGGAACGACUACCCUGGCCCAGUUCUGGCAACCACGAUGGCUGGUACGGACUUUGACCCCAAAUUUUACCAAGACAUCGAUCUGGUUGAUUUCAGAGAUGUCGUGGACUGGUUCCAACACUGGCGAGAAGGCUUCGGCUCAGCUGUUGAUGGUAUCGGAAGCAAUACCAAGUUUGCAAAAGAACAUGUCAUUGACAGGCUUCGUCGCAAUCUAAGAGGCAUACGUGCGAAUUGUCAAGCUGAUGUAGAUUCUGGAAGACCACCCCUCGAGGUUGUCAGUGUGCCGGCACGCUUCCCACUGUAUUCGAUUGGCGAUGCACCUACUUCUUUUUGGGAGGUACUUGAUGGACUACCCUGUCUGAUGGCCAACAUUGAGCCAUACAAAUCUUCUUCAAGAACGAACGAAGCCGCCAAGAUGAAUAGACACCCAGUCAUCGAUGCCAUGUAUACCGAUUUGAAUCCCGAGAGUCCCACCUGGGGUCAAUGCGACAAAUACUGGCGAGGAAAACAGGGAAGCUUCCUCAUCGUUGACCGUCAGCGCAACCACCUAUGGACAAGUGUCUUGCAACACUUCUACACUUUCUUCCGAGACUGGAUCAAGCCCAGAAUGGAUGAAGCUGAAUCAGUCGAGGAACGGGAAGCGUUCAUAGACUUACUCGAAAGCGAAGGUAGCGAAGAGUUCAACAGGAUGCUCGAUCUUGAUGACGAGAUCAGCGAGAAAGAUCUCAGUGAUGGAUUUAGAGACCACUUCUUCGAAUAGAUUACUUCAGAGGAAUAUCGCUUGGCUGAUGAGUCAUUUAGUGUGAUGCAUGGUCUAUCAAACGAUGUUUGAUUGUCUGACCAAAACUUCGUGGGACAUAGUUUGGGUAGUGAUGGUCCAAGUCAACAUGCCUGGCAGAUUUCCCUAAAUCUCAUAGGAGAAUUUCAAGUCACAGCAAUCUGGGCCAAAAUGUUGGCAAACACCCUUUAAACGGCCGAGAGGUUACUAGUAUACAUCGAUAGAAGUCGGGGUAUGGCUGCUGGUAAAGAGUCAGAUUUGAUAUGCGCGAUGGUGAUCAAGCAGGGUUGUCCCUACAACAAGUUUCGGCGAAAACAAAACUUGCCGAUCCGGCUUGCCCUAGCAGUAGCUCCUUAGGUCAGCUUCACUGUGGUUUACCCAGAUACCACAUUUACCAUGCUCAUACCACACAGUCGUAAUUCUAGC